AUGUCCAAAUGUACAGCAGCAAAGCAUGUACCAGAUGGCGUAGUGGAUGGCCAGUUUAAAUCUUGGGUUAGUGACAGGAAUGAUAUCCUAUCAACUCUCAUUCAAACACCGAAGAAGACAGUGAAGCCCCUCUGGACCAAGAUAGCAAUCAAGGUAGAGCCAACUCUCAAUCUUUGGAUACCAACACAUCUUGGUCACAAAGCUAUGAGGACAUACACCAUCACUCAAAAUAGCUUUCCAAACCUUCUCAACCUUAAAGCUACCAGUGAAAACAAAUCUGCUGCCUCCUUGGCCAACAGAAUGAAGAUUUUACAAGACAACCAAGAGUUAAAAGCUCAACUAUUGGAAUAUGUUUGGAAGGGUUGCACACAGGGAGGAGCUAGGAGAUCUAUUCCAUGGAUGAUCAACUCUGGUGCAUUGAUCAAUGCAAGUAUAAACUUCAAGGAUCAAACAUCUGAUGUUAUGCAACCAUGGAAAAACAACAUGUUCAAAACGCUCUUCCAAAGUCAGUGGUGGGAACCUAAAGGUGAAGAAAGGAAAUAUCGUAAGAAAGACAACCCAUACCUCCAUAAUGACGCUACACUUGCCCUGAUUGAGUGUGCUUUACUUGGCACUAUCAACAAUAGAAUGAUAGAAUUCUCUGAGAAUUCAUUUGCUUCAAGAUGGGAGCAUUAUAUGAACCUAAUUCAAGAGUUCAGGGAACAUUUCCCAACAUAUCUAGCAAGUGUGUUUGGUGAUAUUGAAGAGUUUGUAUGGGGUGAUCCCAGUACUUUGUCUUUGUCUGAAUCCUCCCAUCUCAUAUAUGACUUCAAUGCUUUAGAGGAGGCAGCUAGGGCUUCCAAGCAGUAA